AUGCCCUUCGCAUCAGCCAACCGCCUGUACCUGGGCCGCCUCUUGCGCUCGCGGACUGCAAGGGUGACGCUGGCCUUGUUCUGCCUGUUCAACGUGCUCGACGUGCACCGCAUACAUCACAAGCUAUGCCUCGGUGGCAGCACGCCGCCGCCGCCGCUCCCGCCGCCCCGAGCCCGCCAGCGAGUGUACAUUGCCAGCAUGCAUUUCAACAACGGCGACGUGCUCAAGAGCCACUGGAACCGCGCCGUGGUCGACCUGGCCGAGACCCUGGGCCCCGCCAACGUCUUCGUGAGCGUCCUGGAAAGCGGCAGCUGGGACGACAGCAAGGAGCUGCUGCGCGACCUGGAUGACGAGCUGGACAGGCGAGGCGUCCCCCACCGCGUCGAGACGUCCGACGUAACCCACCAAGACGAGCUGGACGAUGCGCACAAGGGCCAAGGCUGGAUAGACACCCCGCGGGGGAAGAGGGAGCUGCGCCGCAUCCCUUUCCUGGCCAGGCUGAGGAACAGGACCAUCGAGGACCUGCUGGACCUUUUCAGCAAGGGGGUUGAGUUUGACAAGGUGCUUUUCCUAAACGACGUUGUGUUUACGGUCCAGGAUGUUUUGGCCUUGAUGGACACAAACAGAGGCGAAUACGCCGCGGCGUGCUCCUUGGACUUUUCGAAACCUCCGCUGUACUACGACACGUUUGCGUUGCGAGACGUUGAAGGCCACGGGCACAUUACGCAGACCUGGCCGUUCUUCAAGGCGCCGGCGUCGAGAAACGCUCUCGUCAACAACGUGGACGCCGUCCCCGUCACGAGCUGCUGGAACGGCAUGGUCGUCAUGCCCGCCGAGCCGUUCGUCUCGUCCACGCGACUGCGAUUCCGCGGCGUCCCAGACUCGCUGGCGACGCACCACUUGGAGGCGUCCGAGUGCUGCCUCAUACACGCCGACAACCCGCUGUCCAAGACGCUGGGCGUCUACCUCAACCCACGGGUGCGCGUGGGCUACGACGCAGCGGCCUACCGGGCCACGCAUCCCGGGGGUUCGUGGGUGUCGUGGUGGCGCAUCCUGACGGGCAUCUGGAGAAACAGACUGACGCGCUGGACGGCGAUUCCGAGGUUCGACGGCGGCGGCGUGGUGCGAUCGCGGGUCCGGCGUUGGGAGCAGGAGCGCCGGGGCAAUCACGAGCCAGGCGUGUUUUGCUUGAUUGACGAGAUGCAGGUUUUGGUGCACAAUGGGUGGGCGCACGUUUGA